UCUCUGACAAUCGGUCUCUCUCUGGCGCUCCGUCUUCCUGUGUCUCCCUCUCCCUCUGGGUCUGAGACUUGGUUGAUUGCGCACUCAGUCCCCGCCUGUCUCUCUCUGUCCCCCUCUGUGUCUCUGUAUGCAGUGCGUGUGCCUCUCUUCCUCAUUCUCUUCCUCCCUGUUGAUCUUCUUCUCUGUCUCUCUCUCUCCCCGAUUCUGUCUCUGAGUUUGUGUGCGCGCGUUUUUGGUGUUAGUGUGCAUUUGUGUUCUUUAGCGUGUGCUUCUCCACGUCUUCCUACUGUCGCUGCCCGUGUGUGUGUCCGUGUGUGCACUUCCAUUUCAUUCUUCCUCCCUGUCCCUCUGCGUAUCUUACUCUCUGUGUGACUUGUGUUUACACGUGUGUGCUUAGCGUGUGUGUCCAUAGCUUUCUUUUCUCUCUCUCUCCCGCUCUCUCUCUCUCUCUCUCUCUCUCUCUCUCUCUCUCUCGUGCAUGUGUCUCUCUGUUCACACCAGAGCCUGUCCGGCAGGGCAGCGGAUGUGUGAGGGAUGAUUCAGUGGCUGACAGGAAGCCUGCCGCCUUGCUUGCUGCCCACAAGUAUCUGUGGUGUUGGCGUCAGCUCCUGCAGGUGUGUGGGCUCAAGAUGAGGUGGCCGCAGUGAAGAGCCCCCAACUCCCAGGAAAAGUGCACCGGAGCCGACAUGAGUGCAGAGGCGGAGCUGCUGUGGCCCGGGGUGGCCUUCCUGCUGCUGCUGGGGGCGGUGGCCAGCCUGUGUGUACGCUGCUCCCGCUCAGGCUCAGGUGCGAAGCGACCGGAGAAAAUUUAUGAGCAGAGGAACCUGCAAGAGAAUCAACAGAACUUUGCAGUGACCGGGACCUAUUCCUUGGCCAGGCCCCUGAUGGACACAGCCUCUGACCUGGCACCAACAAGGAAGGAUAAGCUGCUGCAGUUCUCCCCCAGCCUCGAGGAUUCUGCAUCACCAAGGUACCUGAACUUCAGCAAAGGAAGCAGACACGGAUCAGAUGCAUCCUACAUGUGGCUGGUGGCAGAUGACGAGGAUGCUAAUUCCUAUGAGAAUGUGCUCAUCUGCAAGCAGAAAGAGCCUGACUCAGGUGAUGAGGAUUAUCAGAACUCUGCUUCCAUCCAGAAGUGGCGGGAGUCCAGAAAGGUCGUAGGGCAAGUCCCGAGAGAAGCACCUCUCUCCCCUGCGGGAAUCCCCGAUGAGGACGAAGAUGGAGAGCCCGAUUAUGUAAAUGAGGACGUGGCCGCCACGGAAGCCUAGGGCAGACCUGGGAGGAGGUACAGCUGCCCUGGUGCAGGGUGGUGGCCUCACUGGCCAGAGGGCCCCAUCCCCUGGGAAAAGGUGGGAGCUCAGGCUGGAGGAGCCGUGGU